GAGCUAACAACCAUAUCGCUCAUAAGUAAGGUCAAGGGCCAAUCCUUGUCGCUCGUUCACUUCCUAAUCAAUCAUCGACUUCACUAUCAUGUCCGGGUUGACUUACUGCGCGACGGCACACGUGCAGAGGACGUUCGAACAGCUUAUGAAUGGGCUUCCAACGCAGUUGAAGGAUAAGCCCCAAGUCAUUCUUCUUGCAGGAGGAAAUACAACCUUCCGAAAUGACACAGAUCGCGAGCUACCGUUUCGCCAAGAGUCCAAUUUCUACUACCUCACAGGAUGCUCCGUGCCUGGAUCAUUCCUUCUUGCUCUGUAUCAGCCUGAACAGACGGAUCCUUCCACAAGGCUGAGCGUCAAGCUAUCCAUCCCGGCAAUAGAGGUUGCAGACCUUAUGUGGAGUGUACCUCCACCCACAAUCGAGGAAGCGAAGCAGCUGUUUGACGUAGCCGACAUUGCGUAUAGCUCAGAGCUACAAAGUGCCAUUGAUUCACUCCUCGAGUCACAUCCCGAAGCUGUCUUCCAUACCUUGCCGCGCAACUCGCCCUUAUUCCCCACCCAUACCGCAACGGAUGCAUACUUGCUCUCCUCCCUCCACAGAACACGAUUGAUCAAGGAUGAGAACGAGAUAUCAAUGCUCCGACGCGCCAACGAUAUCAGUUCCAGGGCGCAUGAGACCGUCAUGCGUGUUUUGGGCAAUGCAGUACAGGGUAAGAUUCUUCAGGGAAAUGGCGCAGGCAUCGAUCGUCCUCUUCUUCCCGGAGAGUGGCUGAUUGAGAAAGAGGCGGAGGCAGAGGCGAUAUUCGUUGCGUCAUGCCGGCGUGAAGGGGCUGUCCAUCAGGCCUACCUCCCUAUUGUUGCUGCCUCAAAGAGAGCUGCUACGUUACAUUACUGCUGCAACGACCGGGACUUCACCUGGGGACCUGUAAAGCCACACGAUCACUUGAAUCACGGUGCAUUGGCACACGGUCCUGCACCCGAAAGGCAGUUAGAGCCUCAGGUACUCCUUAUUGACGCAGGAUGCGAAUGGGAUUGCUACUCUGCGGACAUCACACGGACGAUGCCAGUUGGAAAUGGCGGAAAGUUUACUGAGAAAAGUAAGCAAAUAUACUCUCUUGUACUGGAGAUGCAGCAGAAAUCGAUAGCGACUCUCAGACCUGGCGUCCACUGGGACACCAUCCACCUGCUCUGCCAUCAGAUCCUUGUGGAAGGGUUCCUCAGCCUCGGACUCUUCAAAGGCUCGAAAGACGAGAUUCUGCGCUCUGGAAUUAGCUCGGCCUUUUUCCCUCACGGAGUCGGGCAUUCGCUCGGGAUGGACGUGCACGAUGUCCCGAGUGCAAGUAAACCAGUAGACAACACGACCAUUCCACAAGACAACGUCGGGCACCCCAAAUUUUACACGUACUUGCGGCUCCGGUUGCCCCUCGCAGAGGGCAUGGUUGUGACUGUUGAGCCGGGGAUCUACUUCCAUGAACAUCUACUCAAAGCUGUAGAGGAGUCUGAAUACGUGAACCACGACUUGUUGAAGGAGUACCGCGAAAUGGGCGGGGUGCGCAUCGAAGAUGACGUGUUGAUCACUUCGGAUGGGUGCGAGAAUCUCACUAAGGUUAGGAGUGAUGUGGAAUGGCUGGAGUUGGUGUGCUCUGGGGAGAUUUGAAUGUAGAAAGGUAUUUGUAAGGCAUUUACCGUGGGUAUUGGUUCCAAAGACAAUCAUUCUGAAAUUCCAUGCAGUUAAUUUCAUUGGAUCACUGA